GUCAGUAAAAUGCGCCUGAAGUUGUUCUCGACUUUGCUCAGUUUUUAUUUUGUUUUCUAAAGCAGCGACAGACGGAAGAUAUUAUUGACUGAAGCGGCAGCGGGACAAACCGGCAGAGACGCAGAGGACAUGAGGAGUUUCAGGGAAAGGAGUCCGUGCUAAACGAAGCAGAAACCGGGUUCCUGCGGGUCUCCAUGUGGUCCAGUCCGAGUUGUUUAUGGUUUUUAUCUUUAUUCUACUGAAGUUGAGGACAUGUCCAGGAAGAUCCCGGACAGAUGGCAGGACUACAGCGCCGUGGGGAAGAGACUGAAAGGAACCCGCUUCAUCGCCUUCAAAGUGCCUCUGAAACAGGCUUUGACUAGGACACUGCCCUGCUCUGAGGCGUUUGGCCCCUGGGAGCUGCUGGACGCUGUGCAGAAGGACGACCAGGAGCUGGGGCUGAUCAUCGAUCUGACUUUCACCACACGUUACUACAACCUGCAGGACCUUCCACAGUCGCUGCUGUUUGUCAAGAUCUUCACGGCGGGACAUGAGGUUCCCAGCGACGCCACCAUCCUGAGCUUCAAGCGUGUCGUGCACCGCUUCCUCCGGGACAACGAGGACAAUGACAGGCUGAUCGGAGUCCACUGCACACACGGACUGAACCGCACAGGCUACCUGAUCUGCAGGUACCUGAUCGACGUGGACGGCAUGGAGCCAGCGGCGGCGGUGCAGCUGUUCAACUCAUCGCGGGGCCACGACAUCGAGAGGCCGAACUACCUGGAGGACCUGCACCAUGGUCCCAAGAGGAGUAACGAGGGCAUGGACGAGCCUGAUCUGGAGCCGCAGAGAGGCAGAGCCGUCCGUCGGCCCACUUCCACAGCAGACGGCGGAGCAGAGACGUGUGGGGGCCUCAGGGACCCCCGGUACCACAGGACUUAUCCCCCCAGAGGAUCAAACUAUCGCACUCACCCUUACCCCCCUCACCUUACCCACAUACCCCGCCCUCCCUUACUCGCCCACCCCCCUCCCCCUCUAUCAGCUCCCUACCAUCCGUACAGAUGGACUUCCCCUCAUCCAGGCGCUCAGUGGAGGAUGACUCCUCCCCCUUUACUUCCACGCUACUCCCCCCUUUGGACGCCGAAGCCUGAAGGGGAAGGACGAGCUGAGGACUGGAGCCGGCCCAGAACCAGACACCGAGCCAACGGCUAUGACGGAUAUUAGGCGCCAAACGGGUCGAUGUGCAGCCCGUUCUUUUAGGCUGUUCUAACCAAACUUUUAGGGUUUUAAAUCUGGUUCUAUUUCUGAUUUAUUUUUUUGUUUUUUUUUAUAAGAUUUUCUCACAGUUUCUUCUUGAUUUUACAAAUUUUAAAUGAGUUCUUUUAACUGAUCUUCCUCCCAGUUACAACUUCUUAUCUCACCACGGAGUUUCUAAUAUGAUAAAGAGAGAGAGGGAAGACAUGCAGAAGCAGGACGGUGGCACCAAGGUCUAAGUUUGAUUGACGGAAGAAAUACAUGACGUCACUUUAUUUCAAAACACCUGUGAGCAAAAUAGACACUCAAAUAUAUGUU